AUGCGACAGCUGGGAAUGAGUAUUUCUACGGCCGAUAAGGAAUUGGAAUUCGCCGAUCCGAAGGAAGAGGCGACUUACUGGAAGCAAGUAGCCGAGGAUUUAGAGCGAAAGUGAGUGUUUUGAAGACCUUGUCUUUCGAUGACAUUCAUUCGAUGUAGUAGGAAAAUGAUAGAAGAUUCAAAUUCAACGUUUCUUUUGGUUGAAAGGUUGCAAGAAGCGAGAGAUGAACUCGACGAGUUUCAAGAAGGUAGUCGUGAAUUAGAAGCAGAAUUGGAAACGCAGUUAGAGCAAGCAGAAGCCAGACAGCGAGAACUUUUGUCAGCAAAAACACGACUAGAAACGGAGAACGAAAGCUUAAAGGUAAAGGAAAGAAUAUUUUAUUUAAUGGCGUAAGUCGCGUAUCGCCAGUUUGUCUGUUGAUUAAUGGAACAUUGUAAAUAAUGCAAGAGUUGCUUCGCGUACAUUGGCCAUCUUGUCUUCCGAGUUGUCGAUAGUUCGACUGUUCUGGUUUUGACGUUCACUUUUGGUUUGAUCGUAUUUUAGGCGAGACUAGAUGCAAGCCAGAAUGAAUCCUAUCUUACGAUAUCAGCGCUACAAGAUGAAGUAGCCCAGCUUAAAGCUGUUCGAGAAGAAGUUCAAAAAUACGUUCGGGAACUCGAACAGGCGAAUGACGAUCUGGAAAGAGCGAAAAGGUCUGUAGAAAAGAAAUGUGAAGCUAAUGUUUGGCUGUGUUUUGGAGCUGUAAGGCAUAGCUAACGACAACAUUCAAAUCAUAAUUGUGAUCAUUUUCCCAUAUUUCAUGAUGACCUGAUAUUUUUUUGCCUCCUUGAAUGGCAUUUGAUGUUGUCCAUGUUGCGCAAAUUUUACCCGGUUACAAUAUUUUUGUACUGUGUUGCUUUUAGUAAGCUUGUAUGUAGUCGCCCACAGAUGAAAUCAAGAGAAGAUGUUUUUACAUGUCGAAACUUAACUUAUCAAAUAUUAUCGCUUAAAAUGUGUUUGCUAAAGUACGACUUGUGGCAUGCGACAAAUUGAAGCACAGGACAAGGGUCGGGGGAAAUAAUCCCCGUAUCAGUUUCUGUGGCCAUGCAUUAAGGUUAGGGCACUUGCGAUUUUAUUUUAUCGAUUAAUUUAAAAAAUAUGACGGGCAAUUUUUCGAAUUACCGCUUUGAAGGGAGCUUUUUGCCAGUUUCAAACAAGAAGAUGGUUGCUCUAUAACAGAAAGGUCGCUUGUUAAAUGCUGCUUUGCAUUAGUUGGAGGAUUAAAAUAUUAUGUUAAUUAUAUGUCAUUGAAUUACAAAGGAAUUUUGUCCUGUUUAUUAGGUUUUUAUUACCCUUUUAGCCUUUUCAAUCUCUUCCCUUUUUCUUUCUUUCUCCAAGUUUUGGCUUUGUUAAUGUUGGACCUAGUAUAUAUGAGUGGAAAUAUAGCCUUAAUUGGGUAAACUUUUACAAAAUGUCAAACCUAGCGGGGUGUAACAAUAUUUACGUUCUAUUAAUUCUCUUUUGUUUUGUCAAAAGAAUGAUUCCCAGUGUAUCUAGGAGAAAAGUAUCCAGUGCAUGAUGUGGGCUUUAUUCCCUAAUUAAUGGUGUGAAAUGAUAAAAUGAAAACAAUGUCUACAGGAAAAGAGGAAGUUGCAAUUAUGAAAUUCUCAUACACCUGUAACUCUGAAUCUGUCCAUCUUUUGGUCAUCACAGAUAAAUAUUUAUGUUAUUUAGUAGAAUGAAGCUUGUUGCCCUUAGAUAGAACACUGAACACCUGUAGGGUUAGAAGAAAUUGGCACCAUGCUGAUGAGUAAAUUUUGCAUUUUUAAUUAACUUAAUCCCUCCUUGACCAUGGCUUAUUCAUCUAUAAAGAACAUUGCUCUGAAUUAGCAGGACUUUUGCAAUGUUUUAAAAUGUUCUUUGGUGUGGUUCUCAAUUAUUUUGAAACAUGGUUGUUACAAGUUCCUGUAGGGUUUUUAAACUUGGUUUGUUUUGAGGACCAUUCAAAGUUUUUGUUAUGGUUGAUAGCUGUGGUGACUUGAAACACAAUAUUUAUGUUCUAGUUAAUAAACUUAUGUUUCAAACAAGUGUGGUUAGUUUUAACAAUUUUUCUGAAAUUUAUCUCGAUUUGGUCACAAGUUGUUGCUUAGUUUUCUUAAGAAUAUAUUUUCCUUUUGUUGGAAGUAAAGGAAUGAAUUUCAAACCAGAUUUCAGGCUAUUUCAGUUCAUAUAACUACUUGCAUUUUUGUAUAUAUAUGUAUGUGGUAUACAAACAAAAUUAUUAUAGAUAGACAUUGCUAGCCCUUUUUAAAAAGCACCUGCUGUGACAUUAGCUAGUGAACAAAUUUCGUGGACAUUUCUCAGAAUGUUAAAUUUCUAUCUAUGAUGUGUGCUUGUAUGAAAUUCUGCAUUUGAUUACUGUUUUCUUUUUCAAGUUACACAUUUCACUUUGCUAAAUUUCUCUUCUCUAUCUAUUGAGUGAUACUUUCCUAGGUCUCUGUACUAAAAAAUUGCCAAAUAACUUUUCGUAAUUGUGCUUGUCUUUGACUAGAUUCUUAGUAAUUUUCUUGACAGGGUUUAUCAUGAAACCAAAAAAAGACACAAAAAUAUUUCCUUAGCUAAAUAAGAUUAGCUGAUGCCAUAAAUAUUAAGCUGGAAAAUUCUGCGGAAGAGCCAGAGAAUUCUCUUAUCACCAAAGUUUCCUGUAGUAGAAACUUCAUUAAAUAAGAUUAUCUUGUGGAUUUGCGCAGCUGAAUAGCUAGCAUUUUUGUUGCUUACUGCAAACAUUAUCUAUUCUUUAGUAUGUUAUUUAUCGUUUAUUUGUUUAUUUAUUAUUUUAAAUCAUUUCAGGGCAACAGUGUGCUCACUGGAAGACUUUGAGCAGAAGCUGAACCAGGUAACUAGCACCAGGGUGGAAUAUAUUGUAGUAAUCUUAUAACAGCUUUAUUAUCAGUGGUGAUGCACAUAUUCAACUUAAGGGGAGAGUUUUGUAUCACGAAAUGCUCAUUUUAUAUAUUAAACUUGGGCAAACUGUGGAGCAAUGGAAAAUUCAUUUGCUUUUUAUUGUGGAAAAGCCUAUAAAAAGCUGUCACUGAUUUAUCCUAACAAGUGAUAGAAACAGUAGAUUUUUGUAUCCUUGUCUUGCAGGCCAUAGAAAGAAAUGCUAUUCUUGAAAAUGAGUUAGAUGAAAAGGAAACCCUCCAAGAAUCAGUACAAAGACUGAAAGAUGAAGCAAGAGGUUAGAAAAGAUAUUCAAUAUAAUGAUAAUCAUUGUGUUGCAGUAUUGUAGUCAAACUGUUUUACCAAGUUCAGAUGGACAUUUAGGCACCAUGUUGUUCACUUCAAGGAGAACAAAUUUUUUCAUGCAUUUGAUGCCAAAUUUCUAGAAGUGUUUGUUAAUUGUUUCAUUUAUCUGUUCCUCUUGCAUAAACUGUUAGCCAUUCUUGCUGCUUAGGAACUAAUUUACCUUAUGCUAUAUUAUAAUUGACUAUUUUAAGAUCCAUUAACAUACAGAGAUAAUGAUAUCACUAUGUUUCUAAAGAACCGCAAAAAUUGAUAUUGGCUGCUCUUAGAUAUUGUGUUGUUUAUUUUGGCAAGUAUACUGUUGGGUAAAAGCGCGCCAUCUAUAUUAAACUUGAUGCUCAAAUACCAGAAGGUUUUUUCCCAGUUGGAGGUUUUGAGCUAGAAUAUUACUGGUUGUAAAGCCAUGUGUUGAUGAAAGGUGAAGGUGAUAAAUAGUACUCAGGAAUUGAAGCGCAUGCCUUAAUGAAUUUGGUUACACAACACUUGCAUAAAAAGUGUUUAAAAUGCUAGUUUCUGUGUAGUUUCAUGGAAAUUGACAUGGUACCUCAACAAACUCUGUAAUAUUCUAUGAGGGCUAUUAAGAUAUGGUCGACAAAAUUUCUCAUAGAAGGAAGCAUUCCAUUCCAAAUGAAAAAUAGCAUUCCACAAUGUCUAGAUUAAAUGCCUUGGGCAUGAUUCUUGACCUUGUAGACAUGUUCAAGAGAACCCCUGAUCUAACUUAUGAGGCUUUUUGGCAAUGAGCUUACUACUGGAGAAAAAGCCUUUAGAGUUUCAAUUUCUUUAAAUUGCAAAAUGUUAUUUUGAAAACUUAUCUCAAAUAAAAAAAGAAAGGUUUCAUUGUUUUGCAAGCAGCACAAAAUGUCAUGAUAGUAACAAAAAUGUCUGGUGUUCUGUGAAGUAAUUCUGGUUGUGAUUUUUUGCACAGAUCUUCGACAAGAACUUGCGGUGAAAGAAAAAGAGAGAAAAAAACCUGGUGAUGGAUUAGAAUUUAGUAAAGAUAAAGAGAGUAACAAAGAAAAUAAAGAGCCAUUGAAAAUAGAGGGAUCUCCAUUGAAACCAGAAACUACAAGCCAGACAUCAGAUUUCCAUGCUACAACUGCUUCCAUAGGAACAUCACCACUCCACACAGGGUAUGGCACUUCUCCGCUGACUCCAUCUGCACGAAUAUCUGCACUAAACAUUGUCGGCGAUCUGUUGAGAAAAGUAGGGGUAAGUGAUUUACACAUAUUUUUUUUCUCUGAGAAGGAGCGCAUAGCAGUUUUGAUGCAAUUUGAUGUAGCAUUACUUGUUGGUACAUUUUUUCUUUCAUUUCAUUCAUACUUAACUCAUGUUACUCUGCUCUCUCUCCUGCAACUUAGGCCCUUGAAUCUAAACUGGCUUCAUGUCGAAACUUUGUUAAAGAUCAACCUCGAAAUCCAAGAGGAUCAACUGGGUCUAACAGCCCCUCAGAGUCUCCAAGGUAAUGAGUCAUCACACUGAUAGCUUCAAGUUUACUAAUUGAAAUAAUGAAAAUACAUUUUCAGGGUUCUCCUUAUCAGGCAGUAACCAGUAAAAUUUACCGCUUGUAAGAGCACUUAUUACCGCCUGCAAACGCUCAGAACCCUUAAAAAAUACACAUUUGUGGUGAGCUAAUCUGGUAAGAAAGUGUUAUAACAAGCCACAGUGUGCACUAUUAUAGAUCUACAGGUGCCUUAGUAAGCUAACACUGACUGGUACCUUUCAAAUUUCGAAGCAAGAGUGAUUUUUCACGGGCUUUCUGCUAAAUCUCAUGACAUUUGUCAGUUCUCUGCAUGUGCAAAUGUGGUGUUGUUUAGUUGUUCAGUUUUCAUGAUGAAACGGUAGCAAACAAUGCUGUCAUUUCUUUCCAGUAACAAGAGGUCACAAAGAGUGGCUGGUAAGCUUUACAAGAAUUUUAGUGGUAAACAAAAUAAAGGUUACAUACUAGCAAUGGAAAAACAGCCAAUUGAAAUAACCAUCCUGACAGCUCUACAAUUACCAGCUGUAUAACGAACACAUGGGGACAAAGCUAGUCUUCAUCUUGAAAUUCUACUUGAAAUGUGUGUCAGACAACAGUUUGAAAGAAGCCUUGAAAGUAAAAUCUCUAGACAGCAUGAAAGUUCUGAAUGUGAGACAAUUAGAGCACAAAUACAGCUAUUCAAUGUGAUUCGAUUUCAUAGUGAUGCAAUUCGUUGCUGACACCACUGAUUUUCCAGCGAUAUGCCAUGUAAGUGACACCAAAGGUAUCACCCAAAAUCGAAGGGAGACCAGUUUACGUUAUAAGCAGUUUAGAAAGGGCAUAGCAAAAUUUUACUUUGUUUUGUUCAACCUCUGAACCUAAAGGUGUAUCAUUCACAUUAUGAAUUUUUCGAUGGAGAACUUUUGAUAGGCACGAUGUACUGUAUGCUUUAGGAAAUAACAUAGUUGAGCAUGACCAGCCACCUGAAGCUGCAAAUGUGCUUUACUGGUUUGAAAAGGUCCCUUACCUGCUGUGUUGAAAACAAGGGAGAACCCUGCAUUUUUUAUGGCCCGUUUUGGUAAUAAUGUGGUCACCCAGAAUGGGUGAAAAAUGAAUUUGUGUCUUAUCAUUUUAUCUUCUAUUUUAUAUGUAUCUUAUUGUGGUGUUUUUACUUUUUAUUUCAGGCCAAGCAGAAUUCCCAAGAGCAGUUACCAAAACCCAGGAAUGCAGGGACUGGUUAAGGUUCAGGUGUAAUGAAAGAAACAUGUGAGAGAAUACUAAAUCUGACUGUUCUGUGAAGAAGAGCUGCUUUUCACAACAUUCAGGAGAACGCUGGUCAGUGUUGAUGCAGGUGUUGCCUUAAAAAAAAAAAAAAUGGAACUAAAGCCAGAAGUUUUGAAAAACAGCCCAAUGAACCAGACAGAGUCUGGUUGUUUGUACAUCCUUUGAAUUAAAUUCCUGAAGUGAAUUUCAAGGUAGUGGUUGUUGACCAAUUUUAAUAUUAAGUUGCUAAUUGAAAAUUCAAUCGAAUUUUAAAUAUAGAGCAGAAUUUGUGUGUCCAAUUUGUACAGAUAUUUUGUAUAGCUGUUGAAGCAUUUUAUUGUAACAUAGUUGCAGAUUUCAUUAGCACAAGAAAGAUUCCUUAUGAAAAAUGGUGAGACAUUUAAGAAUAUUUAAUUACAGUGGUACUGUAUGAAAGCAAGUUGCUAACUACAGUUAUUAAAAAUUCCCAAUACUUUGGAGUAUUUAUUUUUAAAGACUUAAUUCUGCCAAAUCAAUCUGGAGAGGUGUUGCUGAAACAUUUGUUGCAGAAAAUUUGGUAAGAUGCUUCUAAACAUUUUUGAUGGUUCACCCUUUGAUUUGGAAAACAGAGCAUGUUCACAGCUGGAAUUAAAGGAUAAAUUUUCAUAAUUACUCUCUAUGAAACCUUGAAGAUGAGAUCAGAGUUUCAUGAUGUGACUGUGAGAAUUUUCACAACUUUCUUAUACUAACCUUCAUCACAUACCUCUUCUACCUUAGUUUUACAGGCCAAACAUUUCUUUCCAACCUGUGCAGAGGUUUCAAUAAAAUAUGGUGACAGGUGCUUUACCACCACCUGUAAGACUUCAUGUCACCAUCUGUUCAGCUUGCACACAGGCACUCAUGUUUAGGCUUUGCCUUACAGCUAGCCACUUAUUAUAGCAUCAGCUGCCCCUAUGGAAAAAGAUAUUGAAACCUCUGCUGCAACAGAUGUGAAAACCCCUGCACAAGGAAAAGCUAUUUGUAACAUUUAGAAGCCUUCCUUCAUAAAUGUUUGUUUCACUUAAGUUUUGAUUUUCCUUAAUCAAGAUAUCAGGGUUGACUGAUUGUCCUGAUUUUCCAAAUCAAAGGUUGAAAAAGCAAAAUAAUUGUAUUUGAAGAGUCAGUUUUCUCAUAAUCAACUGGUGUUUGUGGUGUUAAAAUUGGGGUGUUGUAUGUGAAUUUUUUCAAUCAAAUUAAUUUACUAGAAGAAUCCAAUAAGCACGUUAUCAAGACUAGCCAAUGAGCAGGUUCUCAUGAGCACUGCAAUACAACUGGCGAACCAAUAAGAGCUAGUUGAGCAAUUGAAGUAAUUCACCAUGGGGUCUGACAUAAAAGAUUUUUGGAUGAAUGUCAGCAUUUGACCAAGUACACACUCACCCCUCCCCAACCCAACAUUAAUCCUAACUUGUUAUCACUUGACUGUUGUUUGGUUAAGGGAGGGGUAGGUGUGUAGUUGCUCAGAUACUGAUACUGAUCCAGAUUUUCCUGGUUGCUUGCUGGUUGGUGUAGUUGUGUGCCUAUGAGUGCUUGCUUGCAGGCUGUAUAGACUGGUAACAGCAGUUUUUGUUUACAAAAGGCUGUAUUUGUUUUUCCUUAACAUGUUUCGAUGUCAUAUCAAGGUGUGCUUGUAUAUCAACUAAUUUAAGUUCUGCAAAUUGGCUUUUUUUGCGACAUUACUCUAAUUUAACCAAUCAUGGUAGUUGUUGAGGUGUUAUUAAAGAGGAAACUUUUUAUAUUUUUUAAAAUAAACUUAAUAUACUUGUAACAUAAAAAUACCUAAUGUUCUAAUGGAUACUUUUUAACUUCUGUGGCUGCUUGAAAAGGUAAAUCUUAUUUCAAGCAAAAAAAAAUUAUUUGCCAAAGAUAGGUGCUAUCAUGUAUCAUGUUUACUCCAAAAUACAUUAUAAAGAUAAGACAAUUAUUAUAGUUAGUAUAUACCACACAGGUGAAUAGUGCUUUCUGCAAGCAAGCACUAUUCAACUUGCGCAUCCUGAGUUGACCAUUUGACCAUUUUUUUAUGUUGUGAGAUAGAUAGAAGCAAUUUUUUUGGGUGUCUGUGUGGUAUUUAGUAAAACAAACAUUCAUCUCAGUGUCUUUGACCGUGGUGGAUAUUUCCACCACUGUUUACCUCUAUUUUGGUGAAUGAUUGUUUUUGUUAUAGUUUUUCAUGUACCGUUCAAAGUAAUGGAGUCAUUAAUAAAUGAUUUGUUUGUUAAUUAAGAGCUAAACUAUUUUUUCAAGAUACUAAUGGGACUUUAUCUUCUCAGUUUCAAUCCCACUGAAACAAUUAUUUAUUACGGCUUAUCUUUGGCAAAUGUUUUGUUUUGUUUUGUAAUAAGAUUGUUAAGGACUGGCUGCAGUGAGGGUACUGGUUACCAUAAGGUAUCUGAGUGAGCUUCUUAUUAUUGUUUGAAACAUUCAAAAAGAAGAGUGGGGACCUGCCAUGUGAAAUGAGCUUGGACACUUGUUAGGCCUUAAAAAAUUCAUCAAUUUUUGAUUUGAUUACAAAAGCUUUUGAGAUAAAUGAAGGGGUGCAUGGACAAAGGGCACAAGUAACUACUGAUAGACUUCUAUAUUCUCAUGCCAAGUUGUCUUGUGAUCCUUUGUGAAACAUAGGGAGAAGUAGAUUUUUUAUCAAAAGUCACUUAAGGCUCUCCCUUAUGCACUCCACAUAAAACACAUUAUUUUUAGCCAAUAAGGUAUGUAACUUUUGGGUGAUUGCUAGACAUCCAUUGUAUCGAGGAUGGAAUCUUCAGCAUUCCUCUCUCUCAACAGUUGUUCAAGAUUCAUAACCUGCUUUAUUCCAGGCUGCCAUUAAUGUGGAAUUGCUUGAUUAGACUUCAAGUGUGCUCAUUUAAUAUCACAUUUAGGCAGAUCUCCUUUAAUUUAGUUUCAAGCUCCUUGCUUGUUUCACAUGGACAUCCCUCACUAUAAGAUAAUUUCUUAAACAUGAUUACAAUACAGUUACUAUAAUUCCUAUUAUUCUAUCAUUUGUAAGAAAAAAAAAUGUCUUGUCUGGUUACCAGAUGAUGCCAUUGCGAGUGUUAUUUUGUCUGCUCAUUGUGGUGAGCAACAUAUAAACCUGAUAAGUGUGUUACAGACUAAGUUUAAGUAAUCCAAGUGACCUUAGCCUUGAAAAUGGAUUGAAAAAUUCAGGGUAAACAUUUCCAAGCACAGUUUUUUGGUACUAUGUCAAGUCAGCCUGACUUGUGAGGUUUAUCUCAAAACAGUGGUUUAUAAUGUAAGAAGGACUAUCACUAAACACUUAAUGCUAUAUUUUCAGUAGGAAAAAAAUUAAUUCCAUCCAGGUUAGUAUUACCUUGAAAAAAGAAUCUUUCAUUUUACAACUUAAAUUAUUGUUGCCAUCUUAAAGCCUGCAACCUUCUUAACUCGAAAUUUAUUAGGCCAUACUUUAUAUUUUUAAAUUUUCAACAGAAAACAAAUGUUACUAUUCCCAGGCCUUAUGCUAUAACUACAUCCAACUUAAUGGUUUAUUCUGCAGAGGCUUGUGAUGUUGUUCUGUCAAGAAUUUUAAGAGAAAAAAUAAGGCUAUUGUUUAGUGCCUGUAAUCUCUUCUUACCAUCACCACAGACUUUUGUAGUUAAUUUUGUUUACGCCAAUGAACGUAAAAGGGACCCUGGCUUGUUCAUUUCACCACUAAAAAGAUUGUGCAAAGUAUCUCAUCCAGAUCAAAUAAAAAAAAUUGAUA